AUGGCAGAUGAAGGCUACAAUCAUGAGGAUGAGACGUAUGAUGAGGAAGAGGUCGACGAGACUAGCUUCCGAGCAGUGAAAGAUGCCAUUCUUUUUGCUAUUGACGUGAGCAGCUCAAUGCUCGAGCCGCGGCCAUCUGAAAACCCCAAGAAGCCGGGUGGGGUAUCGCCCGCUUCGGCUGCUCUCAAGUGUGCAUAUCAUUUGAUGCAACAAAGAAUCAUAUCAAAUCCCAGAGACAUGAUUGGCGUCCUUCUGUACGGCACGGAGGCUUCCAAAUUCUACGACGAGGAUGGAGACCUUGUUUCCUAUCCUCAUUGCUAUCUCUUUACUGACCUGGAUAUCCCUUCUGCCCAAGAAGUGAAGGAACUUCGCGGGUUAGCCGAGGAUGAAGAAGAAGCCAGAAAAAUACUCCAGCCCUCUAAGGAGCCUGUUUCAAUGGCCAACGUGUUGUUCUGCGCCAAUCAGAUAUUCACAUCAAAAGCCCCCAAUUUCCUAUCGCGGCGCCUCUUCAUUGUCACUGAUGAGGAUAACCCGCACGCAGAUAACAAGUCCCUUCGUUCCGCAGCUACAGUCCGCGCGAGAGAUUUGUAUGAUCUUGGGGUCAAUAUCGAGCUUUUUCCGAUCUCACGGCCUGGCCAUGAAUUCGAUACAUCCAAGUUCUAUGAUGACAUUAUCUACAAAACUUCGCCGACGGACGGAGAAGCACCUGCAUACCUCCAGCCAGAUACCAACGAACCAACAGCCAAAGGAGAUGGCAUCUCCUUGCUCAACUCGCUUUUGUCAAGUAUCAACUCUAGGUCCGUACCCCGACGAACACUGUUCUCAAAUGUACCACUAGAGAUUGGCCCGGGCUUUAAAAUUUCCGUGAACGGCUAUCUCCUCCUCAAGCGCCAGGAACCCGCCAGGAGCUGCUAUGUCUGGCUCGGUGGAGAGACUCCACAGAUCGCCAAGGGUGUGACCACCCAAAUGGCAGACGACACGGCGCAGACAGUCGAGAAGGGCGACAUUCGCAAAGCCUACAAGUUCGGCGGCGAGCAGGUCUCGUUUACCACCGAGGAGCAGCAAGCACUCAGGAGUUUCGGAGACCCGGUGAUCCGCAUCAUUGGCUUCAAGCCCCUGUCAGCGCUGCCAUUCUGGGCCAAUCUGAAGCACCCUUCUUUCAUCUACCCUUCAGAGGAAGACUACAUUGGCUCCACGCGGGUCUUCUCAGCUCUGCAGCAAAAGCUUCUGAAGUCCCAGAAAUUAGCCCUUGUCUGGUUUAUUCCUCGCAAGAACGCCUCUCCAGUUCUGGCAGCCAUGAUCGCUGGCGAGGAAAAGGUCGAUGAAAAUGGCGUCCAAAAAAUACCGCCCGGAAUGUGGAUUAUCCCUCUGCCUUUCGCAGACGACGUGCGACAAAACCCCGAAACUAACCGGAUCGAAGCACCGGAUUCCUUAAUCGACCUGAUGCGCCAAGUGGUCCAGCAGCUCCAACUUCCGAAGGCUGUAUAUGAUCCUCAAAAAUAUCCCAAUCCUUCACUCCAAUGGCAUUAUCGCAUCUUACAAGCCCUUGCCUUGGAUGAAGACCAUCCCGGCGAACCGGAGGAUAAAACGAUCCCCAAGUACCGCCAAAUUGACAAGCGUGCGGGUGAAUAUGUCCUCGCAUGGGCCGAAGAACUCGACACCCAAAUUAAGAAGCUAGGCCUGACGGCAGCUACGAAAACAACCCUUGUCAAGAGGGGUCCUAAAGAGAGCUCUGAGACUGCUGGUUCUCCUCCUUCAAAACGCGUCAAGGUUGAAUCUGGUAAUAUCGAUAGCGAGGUGAAGAAAAGCUUCGAGAAAGGAACUGUUGCGAAGCUGACGAUGCCGACACUGAAAGAAUUCCUGCAUGCACAUGGACGUUCUUCGGCUGGCAAGAAAGCUGAUCUCGUUGAUCGGGUGGAGCAAUUCUUUGAGCAGAAACUUUGA